GGAGCGCACGAAGGCGCGCGUCGCUGGAAUAGGAAACUAAUUCUGAGGAGGACUGGAGGGGCGCUCUCGGUACCCAUGGUAACUAGAGUUACCGACCUUUUGUGGAAAUUGUAUUGCCUACGCCGGUGCAGGGGCCGCCUGAGACGCACAGUGACGCAAUUCCUGAGCGCGCCGGUGCCGGGUUGGCUGGAGGGCGGGCUCUUCAAAUUUGAAUCUUACAGAGUUGUUGGUGUUAAGGAACUCCCGGCUGCUGUUUGGGGCUGGUUGGGGCCGCCGUGAGCCCCUGGUGUUACCCUGAGACCCCUGGGCUUGCAUCCACAGUAAGCCAAGUCGGGACUGCUUGGUCUCUCCCUGCCAGGCCCUUUACACCAGGUACGGCCUCCUCUCCAGGUUCUUCUGGGCCCCUGCUGAAGAUCUGUCCUUAAAAUUGUGUCUGAAUAAAUUUUCUAAUAGAGGAAGUCCUGUUUAUCAAGAUGAUUACAACACCUUUGAAACGUCCAGGAAUUCACUUGCCCUCAGAGACAUCUUCUCAGAGGAAAAAUAUGCCCAUUCAUGCGGUCUUUUUUGACAGCAUUCCUCCAGGCACACUUACUCCUAUAAAAGAUUUGCUGAAAUAUCAGAACUCCUUUUUAAAAUUGAAUGACCAUAAAGAGAACCAAUUCUUGGAAAUGCCCAUUUCUAAAGAUAAAAAUGUAUUUCAGUCUACCAUGAUAGCAGAGCCUAGCACCUCUAAUAGUUUUCUUGACAUCAGUAUUAUCAAGCCUAACAAGGAUGUAUUGAAAAAUAAAGCAAACUAUGAAUCACCAGUAAAAGUAUUUCAAAGAAUGAAAGAAAAAGUACUGCGUAACAAGCAAGAACAAGCAUCAAGAAACAGUAAUUUGUUGGAACCACCGAAAAGUGAAAGUAACAAAAUUUUCACACUUAAUGGAGCUGAGAAAAGAGUGUUACAGCAUACGUACCUUUGUGAACAAAAGGAAACCAACAAAUCGCUUCAUUCAGAAAACAGCUCAUUAAAAGUGACUAAUAUCAAUACAACUCAACUUCUUUCUUCAAAAAAAAUCUCAGACUCAGCCCAAGAAGUUCCCCUAGAACCAUCAAAUAAUAUUUUACUCCCAGUAAAGCCAAUGAUUCAAUGUCAACAGGCAAAGAAAGCACCUCUGCACAACUUAACUUACGAGCUUCCAGUUCUGAACCAAGAACAUGAAAAUAUUUCAGCUGCACAAGUCUCAAACAGAGUGUUGACUAGAUCUCAGCUGGGGAAAGCAACUCUUCUUUCAAAGGAGAAUACAGUUGCAACCACCAAGUACAAAAAGAACACGAUUGUUUUAGAAGGCAUGGAUUCUGCCUAUGAAAAAUCCCAAAAUACUACUGUUGAGACUCUCAAUACUAACGGUGUUUCUAUCAAAAAUGGCUGUCAAUUAAUGGUUUCUGAUAGUAAGGUAACAACAAAAGGAACUUCACAACCAGAAAUUAAGAAAGGAAAUGAAAAGACAAUGCCCAGGGAAAGUGCUCUUCCAGGUUCCAUAAACAACACAUGUGAAAUUGUGCUUGCAACUCCAAGAGGCAAUGUAACAAUACCUCGGAGAUCAAAAAGAUACGCUUCAAGGCUUCCUCUUCCAAGUAUAUGUCCAACUAUUACAGAUGGAGUUAAAAGUACUAAGGUAGUCCAACUACAGGAAUGGAUGAUUAAAAUCAUCAACAAUAACAGUGCUAUAUGUGUAGAAGGAAAACUGAUAGACAUCACUAACAUAUACUGGCAUAGUAAUGCAAUCAUAGAACGGAUUGAACAAAACAAACUUAGGACACUAUCAGGCAACAUUUACAUAUUAAAAGGAAUGAUAGAUCAGAUUUCCAUGAAAGAAGCAGGAUAUCCAAAUUAUCUCAUAAGGAAGUUUAUGUUUGGCUUUCCAGAAAAUUGGAAAGAGCACAUUGAUAAUUUUCUAGAACAAUUAAGGGCUUGUGAAAAGAAAAGGAGAGAGGCCACACAAAAAAAGAAAAAUGGAAGAUUUGUCCCUGAUUUGGGAAAAUCAGUGAAAAAUGAUGCAGAAGAAAACCGAACAUAUGUCCUCCAAAGAACCAGCAGAAUUUAUGACCUUGAUUGUAAACAUUUGGAACUGAAGAAUAAUAAGCACAGUAAGUCACCAGUAACUACAGAAUUAGACGUUGGUCAGAGUUAUCACCAGAAUAAACCAGCACUGGUGUUCCCAGGGUACCAAAUGGAUAAUACUGUUCAAAAUGGAGAAGAAUAUAACUUAUCUAAUCAGGAGACUGGAAAAAAAGAAUGUAAAAAGUUGUCUUCUAAUUGUGAACGAAGAACAAAGGAAAAGAUAAUUAAGAGUCAGAAGCAAGAGCAAACCGAAGGAUCAAAUGUACCCAUUGAUAUUAUCACCUCAAGAGAGUCACCUUUCUCAGAUAAAGAGAGAAAAUAUAUGACUGCUAACGGGAAGAAAGCUUAUGUUGUCGUAACACCUCUGAGAUCUAAAAAUGUGAUAGAGCAAAAAUGCAUGAAGUAUAAUGUGUCCCCUGCUACCAUUAAAGCAGUAACAGAUUUUAUUGUGCCAAAGCUUCAAAGAGAAAGUGAAUCAGACUUAAAUGAAACUACACGUCCUAUCAGUAAGCCCAGAAAGACUUCCAAAAAAGCAUUUGAGUGUGGUGCUGGUCAUGAAAGUGGAAACAAUGAAGAUAGCAUUGAACAAGAUAUACUCACAGUCAACCAGAAAGUAAUACCUAGUUCUAACAAGAAAGAAAUGGUCACUUUUGACUUUAAGAAAAAUACAACAUUGUUACAAAAAUCGAAGAAGAAUGAAAAGCAAGUAACUAUGUCAUUCAACAAGCAUCAGUCCCCAGAUUUGUCUGCUUUUGAGAGUGAAACAGAAAAGAAAAUUAGAACAAAAGCUGGAGCUGUUAAGGAAGUCAAAGCAAGAAACACCAAAGAAACAGUAUUUCAUCAGAAAAAAAGCAGAAGGAACACCACAGGAAAAAUUCCAGUGAUUUCUGAAACUGAAGGAAGUGAAAAUGAAUUUCCUAUCAAAAAAAAGGAAACUAGAUGUUCUACUAAAAAAAAUCAUCAGAAAUCUGGUAUUAGGAGUGAGUUGCCAAUUAUUGACACAAUGAGCUCUGAGAUAAAGAGUUGUUCCUCAGAAUGCUUACCUGGUUUAGUUCGGAAUGAGGAAUGGAAUGAACAGGAAAUACAGAAGCUUCAUUGUGCUUAUGCAUCUAUUCCUAAGCAGAAACCUGGAUUCUGGUCAGAUGUAGCUAUGGCUGUAGGUUCUUGGUCUGCUGAAGAAUGCCAGAGGAAAUACCUGGAAGAUUCCCAAGGAAAUGGAUCUCAGACACGAGUGACUAAGAAAAAGCCAGUUAAUCCCCAAAGCAAAAAAUAUGGUAAGAGAAAGAGAGGUGAUAUGGAUCAGGAGCAAACUGUGAAGAUAACAGCCAAAGUGGGAACUCUUAAAAGGAAGCAGCAGAUGAGGGAUUUUCUGGAACAGUUGCCAAAAGAUGACCAUGAUGAUUUUUUCAGUACAACACCUUUGAAGAAUCAAAGAGUACUGUUGCCAGAUUUCCAGUACAGUCAAGAAGAAGAGGAUAUUCUGCCAAAUAUGGACAGAAAUCCAACAACUCCAUCAUCGGUUAUCUUUCCAUUGGCAAAAACUCCUCAGUGUCAGCAUGUCAGUCCUGGAAUGCUAGCUCCUAUAAAUAGGAAUGAAUGUGAUAAAUAUGUUUUUCAUAUGCAAAAAAAACAUAAAAGUAAAGGUGGCAUUGUCUGGGGCAAUAUCAAGAAAAAAACAGUUAAAAGUGAUUUUUCAACUCCAAGAGCAAGAAGAAAAACCCCAUUUAACAAAGGAGAAAACGCUAAUAUUGGAAAACUGUUCAUUAAUGCCAUGGAGUCUUUGGAUGAAGAAGAGAAAGAUUAUUAUUUUUCAAACUCUGAUUCUGCAUAG